AUGGCGGAAAGAAGAGAAAAUGAAGCUUCAUGUCGAAUCAUCCUAAUUCAUUCAUCGGAAUCGUUGUCUUGGCAGGACUUGACAGAGGCAUUGCCGAUUAACAACCCUCUGCCUGGCAGUAAUGAGAGUCUUGACCAGUUUUCCCAGGAACCCCAUCACCAGCAUCUUUGGUUUUGCCCUGCAGCCAGUGAGGAUCACAGUCAGCUUGAUGACCUACGAAAAGUUCACAAAGACAGAACAUCCAGAAAGAGCAACAGAUUACAAACAUCUAGUGGACAAACAAGCGCUCAUUUUGGAUCUCUGUGCACAGGAGAUAUCAAACGUAGACGAAGAGCUGCACCUCCCCCUGGACCUUUGGCCGCAGCAUUUGUAGGUGAAGAUGCCCAUCCUAUCCCAGAAACCAACAUCGGCAGUCGGAUGAUGCAAACCAUGGGGUGGAUUCCUGGCACAGGGCUCGGACCAAAUGGCAACGGGGUUGCUGAACCCAUUAAAGCUUUAUGGCGACCUAAAGGAGUUGGACUUGGCUUCUGCUGACAGCCAGCUAUUCAGCUCAAUCAAAACAAUAUACUCAGUUCAAUGGAAACAACUUCACCAGCCUUUGCUGAAUUGUGCUCAAAACAUUGGUACACAUGAUAGAAUCGAUUGUUAAUUAUAUUUUGAAUACAACACAUGCUUACUUCUGAGCAAAGUCAAUGUUGAUUUACUCUAUUAAUUGCAAUGGAGGUUUCCAGAUAUAAAGAAGUGAAUUUAAUUGCUGUACAUUUAUGCACGUUCAAAGGUUUUUGCAGGCAAUAAUUCUAUUUCAUCUAAAAUGUGGUGUCUGAAAGUGGAGGCAACAAAUGUGAAUUUAUCAUGAAAUAUGGCAGUGCAUUACUUCUUCCAAUACCCAUAAUAUGAAUAUUUCUGUGUGUUUUUUUGCAUUUGUCAUUCUGUUACUUACCACUGCUAUGUUUCAAUUGAAAAGAUGAUGAAAUGGAUGAUCAGACAUGUGAUAACAGUAUUGCAAGAAGCAACUCAGUGCAAGCUGUUCAGAAAUGAUUUUCAAUGAUUACAUACUAUCCAUUAGCCUUUUGUUUGUUUAUGUUGAAGUAAAUUUAUUUUAAAUUCAACAUUCUAUUUCUUUAAUGUCCAAAAACAUUGUAUAUUGUACAGAAAUGAAAUAAUUUCAUCAACAUGACAGACAAAAUGUCCUUGAAUAGAUCCCAACGUAUAUAUAAUAUUUUCUACACAGAGACUACCUUAAAUUCCAGUUAGUGUGUAGAUUUCAAGGGUUGUUUUAAUUGAAUAUUCUGUUAUGCUACAUACUUUACACAUAAAAUGUAGGCCAUGUAUUAUAGUGACUUACUUUAAUAAGAUAGUGCUCAGCCAUAUUGGAAUAAACAGUGAUUAUUGUUGUAAUAA